ACUGCCCGUGGCUGGAAUGAAGGGCCCCCCAGCUCCCUGGAAACCCUGCUGUGGGUCUACCGCUUUCACAGUCCCAUGGAGGUGAGGUGGCCCCCUCUUCUAUCUUCCCUGGAACUCGCUCGCUAUGCCGCAGCCCAUGAGUAUCUGGAGCAGAGGUUCAGCUAGCUGAAGUCCCUGGAGCCCCGGAAGCCAAAGAAGCCGCCUGCCCUGAAGCCCACCCUGGGGAUGGUGCUAAGAGAAGCCAUGUCCAACGUCAUGAACUUCGGCGCCACCUUGUUAGAGGUGGGGCAUUUCAGCGUGUGGCUACAGCAGGAGAUGCGGAGACUAGGCGGAGACAGCGACCCGGGCCCAGCCCCAAACGCCGGGGAUCCUGGUGGAGCGCUGACCCGGGUAGCCCAGGCUGCAGGGCAAGGGGCUCAGGCUGCAGGGCAAGGGGCUCGGCCAGCGGGGCCCGCGGCGGGCGCAAGCACCCGGCCCUUGCUCAAGGGCGCGUUGCUAUACCAUUGUGGACGGGAUCUACAAGGGUCCGCCUAAUUUCUGCAGCAAUGUAGAAGCCAGCUGGGUCUCGGAACCCCCGGGGAACCGAUGAGUUUGAGAUGGGGACGUGCGUUGGGGGCCAGAGGCAGCACGGUUGGGGAGACACUGAGCCUCACCACCCCCUUCAACCGAGACACUCAGAAGACCUCAAGGUGACGUCUAGCAGCAGUGCGGAGGACGAGGGACCAGAGAAUCCAUCGUUGUCCCAGCCCCACCCUGCGUUCAAAUAAAGCCCAGGCAGGCGGGGACCAGAAAGCCAAAGCUGUCCCUAGAAUCAUUUUGUUUUGGCCCCGCCCACCCCGACCACACCCCUCUUAG